CAGCUUCAGGAAAUAGAAAGAGAAGACUCGCUCACACACCACCCGUCCCCCAAAACACACACACACACACACACACACCAUCUGCGCUGUGCAGUGAGAUCAGCCAAGGAUAUUUGAACCUAUCCUUCACUGUAUAUAUAUCUUGGAAUGGAGGACAAGCAAAACCUUGAACAAAGUUUUGCAUCUAGGGAAAGUCCAGCAGGAGGCGACAAAGAAAGCAAUGAAACUCCUGAAGCUGGCCAAAGUCAAGGAAAAGCUGGCAAGAAGAAAAAACGUGUGAGAAAUAAGCAAAGUGCUGAACGGACAUCAACUGAGAAAGUCGUUACACAACAUAACACAUCUCAAAAGCCAUCUGACAAAGAAAAAACGCAUUCGAAAGUCCAGCACAUAUUGACUCCAACCAACUGUGACCAGUCGACCCAGACAGAGACUCCUAAAAACAUGACCCAGAACCAGGCUACUCAAACUAUAUCACUCGAGCACAUUGUCGCACAGCCUACUGAAUCGAAAUCAACCCAGACACGAACCACCAGGCUCUCAUAUAAACAGUUGUAUGAAGGCCAGGUAUCUUUAAAUGAAGGCAACGAUGGUUGUCCUGAUCAGAGCAGAAACCCAGAGCAGAUAACUGUGCUCACCUGGAACAUAGACGGCCUAGAUCCUGAAGACAUCAGAGAACGGCUCCCGAGCCUGUUGAUGAAUUUAGGAAAGUACCGUGCAGAUGUGGUCCUACUGCAAGAGCUUGUCCCACCUUACCUGAAGAUUCUAAAAGAGAUUAUGACAGAUUAUGAGUUUUUGGCAGGCAAUGAUGAUGGCUAUUUUACUGGAAUACUGCUUAGAAGGUGCAGAAUGAAAUUAGUUUCGAGCAACAUUGUGAAAUAUCCCACUACGGAAAUGGAGAGGAAUCUGUUAAUGGCUGAGGUAAACUUCUCAGGCCAUCAGCUUUGUUUUAUGACCUCUCAUUUGGAGAGCAUGAAGGCCAACUCACAGGAGCGCCUGAACCAGCUGCGCAGGGUCUGGAAGAGGAUGAGGGAGGCACCAGACAGCCAGACGGUUAUAUUUGGAGGAGACACCAACGUUAGAGACUGGGAGGUGAAGAAGUUAGGAGGUCUCCCUGAUGGUAUUACAGAUGUAUGGAAGAUGCUCGGAGAGCCCGAGGACUGCAAGUACACUUGGGACACUGUAAAUAAUAAUAACAAUGAUCUCCCUUUCCCUGCACGGCUGCGUUUCGACCGCGUUUACAUGAGAGCAGCUAGAGAGGGUGCUCAACUACAGCCAAACACCAUGACACUGGUGGGCCUGAAGAGAUUAACAUGUGGUCGUUUCAUCAGUGAUCACUGGGGCAUUCUUUGCACGUUCUCUUUUGAGUCAUCAUUGGAGUAGAUAUUUUGAAAUUCAUCUUACAAUUUUACUUGAUUGUCUCUGGGAGUUUUUUCUUGCCGGCGUUGCCUCUCUCUUGCUCAUUAGGGAUUACUAUAAAACUUAAAUUUUAUUUCUGUGACAAUGUCCAUUGUUAAAAGCACUUUACAAAUUAAAUUGAAUUGAACUUUAUUUAAAGGCAUAAAUGCUGGAACAUGUUUGGAGAAAAUUCAAGUUUUCAACUAAAAAAAAACCCGUUUGGUUUCCCUUUAGAACCCAUUAGGUAUAAUUCAUCCAAGCAUUUAAUAUCCCAGAAAUAAUUAAGGAAAUUAUUGAUAUUGUCACAAUAUUAUAAUAGUCAUUUUAAACUAUUCUUUUUCUCCUGGUGUUCAUGAUUUCUUUUUCCACUGGAGGGCACUCUGUAGCAGUUCCUUUCAGUGUGCUUCUGUUUCCUAUUCUAUAAGCUGUUGUAUUUACAAGUCAGCAUUACCAUUGCUGUAUUUAGUAGUCCGCACAGACCAGGGAAUAUAAAACAGCCAUUAUAAAAUAAAAUAAAACAUAUAAUCAGUAGUAUUAUUUUGCUGCUUUACUCAAAAUGUUGAGCUUCUCUUACAGCUGAAGCGAUGUGUUAUCUUAAGUGUACUGACUUAGACUUAUUUGAUUCCUUUCCUCGAUUUAAUAUUAAGAAAUUGUGUUAUCCUUGACCAGAAUCAGCAUUAUGUUUUUAUUGCCAUGCUUUGUGGCAAGGGAUUUAUUUUCUUUCAGUCACCUUUGCAGGCAACACUGGACAACCUUGUCUAAACAGAUGGAUGGGAAUAAUUCUUUGGUGGGGAGUUAGGAAACAGGGCCCUGUGUUUUCAUUUGGAAAAUUGAUUUGGACCUCAUCUUCUCUGCUGCUUAAUCCAAACAGAAUUGAAAUAUGCUGGUAAAGUCCACUGGAAAUCAGGAAUGAUGGCAGGCUGUCAGCAAGAAUAAUUAUUUGUCAUUGGAGUUUUGGGGAAAUGGGUUAGCAAAGAGAAAUGUGCUUGCACAUUCUAUAUCAGAGCUAAGUAGAUGGUCUGUGUCCAUCUCCAGUGGAUAGCGCAACUCACAUGAGUGUGUCUGCCUUUCUGUAUUCAUCUUUCAGAUUUCAGCAGAAAUCUGUUCACUCAGUGUAACCAAAGAGAUUAUAAAUUUGUUUGUAAUCUUAAGGUUGAACCUUCAUGUUUAGGAUUAAAUAAAUUAACAAAGAUAUGACAGGUUUAAACUUUAAAACUAAACAGAUUAUUAUGUGUAAUCUGGGUUAUUGAAUAUUGUUAGAUGACACGGCAUAUUAAAGCGUUAUUUAGCUAAAGGAGUAAAGUAUGGAUUAUUUUGUUUCUGCUGCUGCUGACCUUCACACUAACAGAGGAAGUUAACACACUUUAUUGUACUUCUACUUUUAAUGUGUUGUUGAUUUAUUUAAAAUCCCUGCCUGCAUAUGUCAAUAGAUUUCUAUUACGGGGUCAAACAAGGUUCU